AUGGUGAAUCGGGAGAAGGAGGCUCGCAGCGACGCUCAGAAGGCCGGCGACGAGCGCACGGCGCAGCUGCAGAGGCAGCUCCCCGGCACGGAUCUGAAGCUCGAGCCUAGCUGGUGGAGGUCGGCCACGGACUUUACCUUUGACGUCAAGGCGAGAUGCGCCGUUGAUUCUGUGUAUUUAAUUAAUCUUUUCUUUUCUGCCGCUGUUAGCUCGUCGAACCAGGAGAAAAUGGACAGGCCGACGCUCGACAUGAAUGCCAUUUUGGUGAGGCGCUUUGUGCAGCCGAUGGAGCCAGCUGCGGCGGAGAGGACGAAGCAAGAGGCGAGCAAGUGUCUGCGAGAACAAGCUAGGAUCUUGUAG